CCUUCUUCUACCUUGCUCCUCAAGCAAAGAAAACGAGUCCCUUUAUUCUUAACAAACGAAAAAAGAAAAAAGUUUCAAAUUUGUCCAACACCGAAGCAAAAAAUGGCUCUGCAAUGGGUGAUUCUGACAUACGUGGUGGCAGCGGAGGCAGCUGUCGCAAUUCUUUUGACACUGCCAUCACCAAAGGCUUUGAAAUCUAGCAUUGUAUCGCUUAUCUCGCUUAUUCUCCAGCCUUUACUCUUUAUCAUACCAUUCGCCGCUUUUCAGCUCCUGGAUAUAUACUGGAAGAAUGAGCAUCGAUUGAUGUGUACUGGGGAGAUCUGCACUGCUGCUGAGAGGGAUCGCUAUGAGAAAUCGAUCUACAAGGCUCAGAGGAACGUUGUUCUAUGCAUUGCUGCGUGCCUCCUUUAUUGGUGCAUCUACCGUAUUUCCAAAUUAUACAGGGAGAUUCAAAUAAAGGAGGAAUCCGAGAAGCGUUUAAAGGACGAGUAGAUUCUCUUAUGGCCUCAUCUUCUGCCAAAACCUGUGGAGCGGACUGACAAGGCUAGCUGUAGCUUAAUGGAAGAGGAAGAGCAAAGUUUUCUCUAAUGAUAGAUAUGUUUAAUUUUCGUGUAUCUACAACUGCUGUCUUCUAUAUGAAUGUUUAUUAGCAUCUCGUUUUACUCUUAUAUGAUUUAUGAAGCGAUGCGACUUGAAUAAGAAUGAAGAAAUUAGAACCCUAACAUCUAUUAAGUCCUCACAAUUUUUAG